AGGAACCGCGCGCGCGCCGUACCGGGUCCCGCAGCAGACUCUCGCAGCGCUCUCCGGGUUUGUGGAGCAGCUGUGGCCUCGUAGGUGAGGUGCAGUAGUCCGAACCAGAAACAAUGAACACGAGAAACCAGAGAAAGCGUAUCUACUCGUGGCUUGGAAAAGCUAUAUCUGAAGACGAGCAGCUGCAGCUUUCCUCUUACAGGGGGAUAUCUGUUAAAUCGAAAAAUGUCAGCGACAUCUGUAUUUUCCCAGGGGAGUUUAUUUUAAUAGAAGGUGAGAAUGUGGAUCAGUUCCUUGUCGCAAGACUUUUAAAGUUAUAUGAAGAUGGUACUCAUGAAAAGCGUGCAGUUGUGGAGUGGUUCUCCCGCUUGCAAGAAAUACCUCUCAAUCAACGAAAAUCCAUGGGAAGAGAGAAUCCACAGGAGAUAUUUUUGAAUGAAAAUCCUGAAUGGGAGACUGACAUAACAGUUACAGAUAUCAUUGGCAAUGUCACAGUUAUUCCACUGACCACAUUGGAGGCAGUGCCUGACCUAUCAAAUGAUGAACACAUUUUCUUUGUAAGAGAAUCUUGGGAUGGAAAAAAGUUUAAACCACUGCCGCUUAGCUUAUUGGCAGAGUUGAAAAACUCUGUGAAAAUGAAAAACAACAACACUGAUUUUGCAAAUGUGCACCACCUGACUCCUUCACGCAGAAUUUGCUCUCUGGAAGUAGAAACCAAAAAGGUCACUCGGAGUACAAGAAAAAGCAGCGCCGCCAUGAUGGAAGUAGAAUCAAGACACUCUGCCUCCAAAUCCUCGCACUCUAAGCAGCGAUGUUCCCAAAGACUAGCCAUUGGCACUGAGACUCCAGGAGCAAAGAAAAAACUACAGCUGAAUAGUCCAACAAAACCUGGAAGAGUGCUGGCAGAGCAAGAUAUGAUUGAGCUUCUAGACUAUGGUUUCUUUGACCCUCUGGAGCAAUCUGCCCUCAAACGAAAAGUGACAUUUACUGGCAUUAAAGGUUCUCCUCCAAAAAUACCUUGUGGUUCUGAUGAGGGAGACCUCUUCCUAGACAUCAAACCACUGGGAAGAAAGUCAGAAAGACCCAACAAAAACAUAUCAUCUCCUUGCCAGAGUGACCAAGUUUCCAGUUUGAAAGCCAGGAGUUCUGUUACGAAAAGGAAUGCCACAGAUUCAAAUGAUGUAAACAAAAAGGAUAAGAUUUGCAAGACGUCCAAAGAAUCCAGAGUCUCAAAGAGCCAAGCAGCCAUUCCUAAGGUCAAUUCAAAGAGAAGAUUGGGUGAAGAACCAGAAACCACGAGCCCAGCGCUGACUCCUCGUUCACGCAGGAAAUGUGUGCAGGUGACUGCUGCCCGCAUUUCAAAACACCUUAGUUUUUUUAAUACAGUCGAAAAGGAUGAAGAGGAAGAGGAUGACAUUUUUCCCUUGGAAAGUUCUGAUUCAAGUAGCAGCGAUGAUGAAGGUGAAGACUUCAAGGUGCUUCGUACACCUAAGAGGCAAGCGAGGUCUACUCCAAAAAUCUCAAGGAAAGGGGCUGCUGGGACUCCUGCCAAGGGUCCAAGCAACACGCCUCAGCCAAGAACCCCCAAGACCCCACGUAAUGCUACCCCCAGAAUCCGCAGCCGAAAUCAAACCACACAGAAGCCUGGCAAUGUGCUAGAAGAGGCUAGGAUAAGGCUGCAUGUAUCUGCUGUCCCGGAAUCCUUGCCCUGCCGUGAAAAGGAGUUCCAAGAUAUCUAUAACUUUAUAGAAAGCAAACUCAUUGAUGGGACAGGAGGGUGUAUGUACAUUUCUGGGGUUCCUGGAACAGGUAAAACAGCAACUGUUCAUGAGGUCCUUCGUUGUCUUGAGCAGGCAGCUGAAAACAACGAGUUGCCGUCUUUCCAAUCUAUAGAGAUCAAUGGUAUGAAGUUGACUGAUCCCCAUCAAGCCUACGUGCAGAUCUUGAACUUACUGACAGGCCAGAAGGCAACUGCAAUCCAUGCUGCCGAGCUGCUGGAGAAGACAUUCUGCAAGCGAGGACCUAAAAGGAAAACUGUAAUACUUGUAGUAGAUGAGCUUGAUCUUCUGUGGACCCGAAAACAGAAUGUGAUGUACAACCUCUUUGACUGGCCCACCAAGAAAGAUGCCAAGCUGAUUGUCUUGGCCAUUGCUAACACCAUGGAUUUGCCAGAGAGAAUUAUGAUGAACAGAGUAGCUAGCAGGCUGGGUCUUACCAGAAUGUCCUUCCAGCCAUAUACCUAUAAACAGUUACAGCAGAUCGUCUCAUCAAGGAUGACCCAGUUGAAAGCAUUUGAAGAGGAUGCAAUUCAGCUUGUUUCUAGAAAGGUGGCGGCUUUAUCUGGUGAUGCAAGACGUUGCCUUGAUAUCUGCAGAAGGGCCACUGAGAUCUGCGAAUUUCCUACUCAGAAAAGUGUCCGUGGAUUGGUCAGCAUGGCUCACAUUAUGGAAGCCAUAGAUGAAAUGUUCUCAUCACCUUAUAUACAUGCCAUUCGGAACGCUUCACUGUAUGAGCAAAUUUUCCUAAAAGCAACCAUUGCAGAAUUUCGCAGGUCAGGACUGGAAGAGUCUACAGUUCAGAAGAUAUAUCAUCAGCAUGUUGCAUUGUGUAGAAUGGAAGGCCUGCAAACUCCUACUGUAUCAGACACACUGGCAGUUGUGUCACAGCUUAGUGCCUAUAGACUCUUGCUAACAGAUUCUAAUAGUAAAUAUAUCCACAUGCGAGUUCGACUUAAUGUUAGCCAGGACGAUAUCAUGUAUGCACUCAAAGAAGAUUAAAGCAACAGAGCACUCGUUAUUGGUACAUGUAUGCUGAUUAAAGCUUGAAUAUCCAUG